UGGGAGCCAUAUGGUAGCUACUACCGUAUUGGCGCGUCGAUGACUGACCUCAACCACAAGUGCACGGAGGAGGCGCGGUUCUGGCGUAUGCGCUGCCCACUCAUAUGCAUGUGGCUUGUUGAACACCACCAGCCGCAAAGAGUGAUGAGACAGUUUGGGCUGUAUCAGGAGUGCCCACCAGUGUGGCAAGACACGGACAAGGCGCUUCAUAGGCUUGAUAGGCAGCGGCAGAGGAAGAUCACAAAUUGGCCAGUCCAUCAUAGCGGCCACAUCGCAGCGUUCCAACAGUGUUUGGAAGCGGCACGGAAUGCUGGCCCUGAGCAGAUUGUGCCUCACAACUUCGCCGCUUUCAACAACUACCUCGAGUGGUUCCAUGAGAACACGCGUAUCGAGUUAGUUAAGCACGCGUAUCCUGAGGAGAUCUUGGACGACCCCAUCCAGCUUCGAUGA